AUGCCUUCUUGUGUCUCAUAUAGGAAGAGCAAAGACAAGGCCUUGGCGGAGAUGCGAGAGAUCCCACCAGACACCCCAACUGUUUCCACACCACUUGGUGACUUCCCUUGGACACCUGGACAGUGGUGCAAACUAGAGUCAGUGGAUGAUGACAGCACAGGCGAGGACAUGCAGACUUUUCCAGACCAGACAUUCGAGGUGUAUAAUACCGCAAUGGCGCAAAUCGCUGGACUGUCCGAUAUCGAGAUUUUAGAGCCGUUGACCUUUAGGCUGAAAGUGGACUGGGGCACUGCGACAGAGAAAGAAAACCAGAUGUGCGAAGAGAAGGUUGACGAGGCCUGUCGGGCAGUGUGUAAAGUGAUCGCACCAAGCUCUAGCGAGGAGUUGCUGAAAUCGUACGUGAAACGUGCUUCCAGGUCAGAUAAAGAGGUCGAGGCACUGACAUCAGCCUACAGGCAAUCACCAACCAAGAAUCUAAAAACACAGAUCCUAAGUAUAUAUGCCUUGCGCUAUGCGUCAAACGAACUGAAGGCAAUGCACGCACCCUUUGAGAAGCUCAGUGAUCGCCAAAUAAAGAAAGUAAGAACACAUGCAAAAACUGUAGGAGUUGGGCUCGAAGUUGAAAAAGUUCCUCAUUACAGGGUACGCAUUGAUAGGUCGAAACUAGAACACUUUUUGGAUUUUGUUGACCAGCCUUAUUUUUAUCAAGAUGUUUCUUUUGGAACGAGAACAGUUAAGCUGAACUCAGGUCAGCAGAUGGUUAUGCCUAACAUAGUCAGAACUGUAGGGCGUUCAACAAUGAUUGAGCAAUAUCAUCAGUGGUGCAGAGAAGAAGACUAUCAGCCUUUAGGCAGGUCCACCUUAUACAGGAUAUUGAAAGUGCGAGAGGCAUCACAGCGCAAGUCACUCCAGGGCUUAGAUAACACGGCAUCAAGUGGGGCAGAAGGCUUUGACACCCUCAAUAAAAUAGUGGAUGACUUGGAGCAGUGUGGUGCACGCCAUAAAUGGUGCGAGGGAUCUUGGGAUAAUCUAAAGGGAGCAAAGCGCUACUUAAAAACGAGCUACCAUGCGCACUGUCGUGAAGACAGCGACAAUCUGUGUGCUGAGCACUGUAGAGAACACGCACUUAGCGAUACGCAGUGCUUAGAGUUCAAGACAUCCUGUACUCAUGAUCAUAUGGAGCUGUGUGAAAGCUGCAACAGUCUCAGGAACACACUGGGCUCUGUUUUGUCUGAGAUUAAUGGUUCACAAGAUGUCCAGUUCUACAGCAGAGACCAGCAAGAAGACAUGUUGUAUGAUGCUGCUCAAGCACAGGACAUGGUUCUCCAGUGGAAGGCCCACAUCCUAAGGGCAGAGAAUCAAGAUUGCACGAAAACUGAUGCCGUUAAUUUCCUUCAGAGUGAUACCAUUCUCAUAGUGAUGGAUUGGGCCAUGAAGUUUAUACAGAUGAAAUACCGCAAGAAACAAUCAGAAUGGUAUGGAAAGUGUGGGAUGAACUGGCACGUAAGCUGUAUCCUAUCAAAACCAGCAGACAGAGAACAGCUUGAGGUUACUUCUUAUGUGCAUCUCUUUGACAAUUGUGCCCAAGACUCUUACACAGUUUACGCGAUAAUUAAGCAUCUCCUGAAGACUCUGAAAAUCGCCAACCCGAACAUCAGCAAAGCCUUGCUGCGUUCAGAUGGAGCUGGAUGUUAUCACAACAACAACCUGAUUGCUGCUUUGAAUGAGGUUCACGUUCAUACUGGCAUAAGUGUGUUAAGGUAAUUACUUUAUUGUUUAUAUCUGUUAUUGUACAUCGGAAACAUUUUACUACUCUGAGAUAUCAGCUCAAGGAACAAACAUGCUACAUUCAUAUAUUUCAUAACCUCUGUGCGCUAAGUAGCCAUGUGCGUAUUUAUUAUUCUCCAUUGCGUUUCACUGCAGAGAUCAUAAACUUGUCACUCUGGAUACCGAAAUAUGCAUGCGCCGGAUGUGAUUUGUAUAAAAGAAAACGAGAAAGUAAAAUUCAAUUCUUAUCAAGGGGAUGAUUGUUUCGAUACUUUAAGGAUUAAUCAGAUAACAACAACUUCCAGUAAGCGCUUUCACCGUUGAUUUCUAGGUAUGACUUUUUGGAGCUGCAGUUCGGGAAGGAUGUGUGCGACCGCAUCAUCAGUCCCCUGAAGGGCGUGGUCAGACGCUUCUGUAACGAGGGUAAUGAUAUCCUGUCGGCGGCAGACAUGCAUGAAGCGCUCAAGGUCUGACCAGUGAAGGGAUGCACAGCUGCUGUUUGCGAGAUAGAGCGCACUGAUCAAGAAAUCAAGGUAAACCGCAUCCCAAACUUCAGCACCUUUCACAACUUUUCAUAUGAGGGAACUGGGCUGCGAAUGUGGAAAGCCUAUGAUAUUGGAGCUGGAAAACUCGUGCUGUGGUCAGACCUAGACGUCCAAGUUCCCGGAGCAAUAACCUUGAAACCUGCCACCAACCAACUACAGUUCUGGGAUGUUCAACCUAGGUGUGUAAAACUACAAGGAAAGACGAACCAAAGUGUAAAGCUUGACACAGAAACUGCGCUAUUCGAAUGCAACGAAGCUGGCUGCUCACAUUCAUUCGAUAACUAUGAUGCCUUACAGGACCACAUCAACUUUGGCAAUCAUGAUCCCAUAAGCACAAAUCAAGAAAGUGUUUACAACAAGUUGCGUCGCGAGUGGGUUCAGAAAUUCUUGGCAAUGUCAGUAAGUGAGCAGAAACCGAAGCAGCCUACAUCUGCAAAAAGCACUAUGACAGCAACUCAUGCGGAGUCUUCUGAAGCCAGAUGGGCCUUGCAGAAACCGAGGGGUAGUGGGACAAGGUUCUCAGAGAACGUAAAGUCAUAUCUCCAAGCCCGAUUUGACGUCGGAGUACAAACUGGAAGAAAGUCUGAUCCAGUUCAAGUGUCAGCGGAUAUGAGAAGCGCCAAAAACCAAGACGGCACUAGAAAAUUCUCGAGAGACGAGUGGCUGACGAAGAUACAAGUUCAAGCCUUCUUUUCCCGACUUGCUGCAGCGCAGAAGAAACAGGUGACUCAGAGACAUGUGGAAAAAGACGACGAAAAUACUCUGCUGGAUGAAGAUCUUGCACACCUGGACCAUCAAAACAAAGAUGAGGAUGUUCAAGAGGUGCUGUCGCAAAUAGGACUGGAACAUCCAAUCACAUAUGAUGGCUACGACAUCUGCGAUCUGGUCAAGACUGAGGCAUUGUCGCGCUUUACUGGGAAGGAACUGAGGGUCAUGUGUGACCACUUUGAGCUGCCACGUAAAUCAACGGACAAGAAAGCCGCUCUAAUUAAACACGUUACCGACAUGGUGGAAGAGUGUAGCUGCUCAUAA